AUGCCCGCGCGCCGCCACGCAGCCGGAAAUUGCACCCCCGAUCACGGGACGUCGCCUCCACGCCAUGCUGACUACCGUCGCCAAUAUGGCUGCCAUCUACCAUUCCGCCACACCACUGUAGAAUACCCGAGCCCUAAUAGGAAGAAGACGGGUACAACAGAACAGGCUUUAUCGACCAAUCAGAAGCCAGAGCCGCACGUCAUGCGCCUUCCAUCCGAGUUCCCGACACUGGCCACGCCGCUCCACAUAUACUGCAUCUCAUCCAUGUCCUUCUCCGGUUGGCUGCUUACCUUCUCCGCAUGCCAUUGGAACGCAGAGAGACACAGCAUUGGCUGCGGCCAGGUGGUCCAACAUGUCUGCGCUCUGAUCCGACGUCACUGUAGAAUACCCGAGCCCUAA